AUGGUGUGUCACAUGGACCGAAUGGCUGUCGCGUCCGACGCGAGCGUGGCGACCGAGCCGACGCGCAAGACGCUCCCUGUGGACAAGGACAAGGUGCUUGCAGCGGUGCUUGCCGCGCUCACACCGCUCCUCCACCAGCUGCCCGGUGACCGUUUUGAAACGGUCGGACGUUUCAGGGUGGAAGACAUUGUCGCUGAUGCCGUCACCCAUCAGCGCCCGAUCACAUUUGUCAUUCCCGCGUUUCCGUUCAAGUCGCCCAACGUCCGCGAGAAGACCCUCGGUGUCCUCCCGGACCGCGGCGAGGCACUGGCGCUCGCGCGACUCGACGCCCUCUGCGCUGCGAUUGCGCCGCUGUACGUCCAUGGAGCGCGCGCCGUCAUCUUCAGCGACGGGCGCAUCUUCAACGACAUCAUCGGCGUCUCCCUCGAUGUGAUGGACGCGUACGCGACGGCGCUCGAAGACUUGGCGCGCGAGAAAGGACUCGUGCACCUCGCAUUUGACCGGCUCGAGGCCUACACAACGUCAAAGGACCCGAAUACCGAGCUUCUUGCGCGCUACGGCUGCGACCAGCUGGACAUGGCGACUCUGCUCAAGGACGACAGCGAAUUGCUCGCCACGUACCGGAGCUUUCGUCGGUUUCUGGCCAAGGACAUGGCGCUGGCAUGGGCGAGCCUGAGCAAGUCGGCGGUCGACAAGGCGGCGGGCGUCGCUGCCAAGUGCAUGAUCCAGCGCAAUAUGGCGUUUUCAGCGCUUGUCGACGACUGCUACCCGCAUGCGAUCCGCCUCUCGAUCCACGCGUACGACAACGCAGGACCAAAGUUCAGCGUCGCGCUCAUUCCGCAGCUGGAAGGCGCGAUCCCAACCACGCCGUGGCACUGCGUCAUGUGUCAAGACCGCGACGGCAGCCUCCGUUCGCGCAAGCACCAAGACGUCGAUACGAACCGAUAUACGCUCGAGACCAAGUACGGUCGUCCGUGGCAGUAUGUGGAGAAGGCGUGA